AUGUGGAAUUUGAUUCGAACUCGAUUAUCAUUAUUUAUAUCAUUAAAAUCAAUAACUAUGAAUUCUAUCUGUGAUUUAAAAAAAUCGACACCAAUAUUAGUGUCACUUAUUUUUCAUGAUAUUCUAUUUACUGUUAAAUCAUUGAAACAUCUAUAUCUUCACGCAUUAUGUUGUGGAAAUGAAAUAAUAACCAUUUCAUCAUCUUCUUUAAUACAAACAUUGACUAUUGAGAGUCUAACAGUAAAAGGUAUUGCAAUUAAUUUACUUGAAAUUUUUUCGAUUGCACCAAUGUUACGCCAACUCGAUACGGAAUUAAUUAAAACUCAAUUUAAUGAUAUGAACAUGAUUUUUCAAUCAUCUAUUUAUUUACAAAAACUAUCCAUUACUAGCGGUUCUAUGACUAUGUUCAAAAUAAAACAUUUACUCUCAUCAAUGAUCUGUCUUACUCAUCUUAGUCUUGAUGUCUAUGUUGUAGAUAAUAAUAUGAUUAAUGGCAAUGCAUGGAUACCACUAAUGACUCGAAUAGUUAUAUUUCAAUUCAUAUUUAAAAUUUCAAACGAUAUUAAUAUCGAUCUUGAUUCAUUUCGUACUCAACUUUGCUUGAAGAAAAAAAGUGACUAUCAGUGUCCAUAUGUAUAUGGGAAGAAAACAUUAAUAGAAUCAACUGGAUUAGAACCAACAACAUAUCCAUAUGCAAAAAAUCUCUUUUUCAAUACUGAAUUAUCAAUGCCAGAAAUAUAUUUACGUCGAAUGACUUAUGCUGAUACAUUAAUCAUCGAAAAUAAUUUUAACAAUUCACUUGAAUAUAUCACCAGUUUUAUCGAUUUAUCACGAAUCACUAAUUUCAUACAAAGGGGAUUGGAAACAAAAGUGUUAAAUAAUAAAUUUGUAGAAAUUCUUUAUAAUCUUCCACAUUUACGUUCACUUGGUUUAUAUUUUUCAACUCUCAUCUCACUUUUUGAUCGACAUUGGCCACGAAUUAUUAAUCUUAACAUGAACUUUGAUCCAGAUGAUCAAAUUGAAUCAUUAUCAUCAAAGCAAAUUGAUGCCCUUUGGUUUUCGUUUACUCAGUUAGAACAGUUAAGUUUUGAUUGUCGAAGUGUUCGAAAUCUAUCAAAAUUAUUCAAUACAAUGACAAUGACGUUAUCGAAUAUAUGCAUUUGUCAUUAUGGUUAUAGAAAUAAUUUAAAUCGUCAAAUGGUAACACGUCAAUGGCUUGAACAAAAUACAGAAUUACGUCACUUUGAAUAUUUUCAAAAUGAUGAAAAAGUUUAUAUAUGGCUUUAG